AUGCAAGAAAUAUAUUCUGAAGCUCUGAGGGAAUUACAAAGAAAAGAAUUUGUUUUAAGAAAUUCAACUUUAACAAAUCUUUGGAGAAGUCCUAACGUACGCUCUUUAUACAACUUAAUUCUUGCUUUUUUUGUAUUCCUGUACCUGCACAUCGCUAUCUUCUAUUACUUUAAUGUCGAACGGUUAACAAGAGAUUUAGCAUUGGUUUCAUGGUCAUUUGGUCAGUUUCACAUUGUUACUGCCGUAUGGAUUGGCAUCAACUUAUCGAUUGUUUUCUUUUUACAUCCUGUCUUUCGAUUCUGGGCUUCUUCUAGAGCAUUUGCGAAGAAGAAGGGCCUUUAUGAUUUGAUGUUUUGCAUUUUAUUCGUUUUGUAUGAAGCGGCUUUGCUGAUAAUUCCACCAAAAAUAAUCAUAGACUGCAAUAUACCACCCGCAUCAUCUUGCGCGUUAGUAAUGGAACAGUCUAGACUUUUUAUGAAGAGUUAUGCAUUUGUUCGAGAAAACAUUACCAGAGUUUUAAAGUAUAAGCUCCAUGAAGAUGAUGAUGAGGAAUCAAACUCACCUCCUUGUCCAGAAGUAGGAAAACUGAUAUAUUUUUUAUUUGCACCGACAUUAAUUUACAGGGAUAGCUAUCCAAGAACAUCUGGUAUUCGCUGGGGUUUCGUUGCCUGGAAUCUUUUGCAAUCAUUUCUUAUUGUAUUGGGUGACUAUAUUGUCUACAUUUGUUUUUUAGCGAAUAGCUUCAACAAGUCGGGCAUUGAACCCAUACCCAUCACUCAUUUUGUGGGUUUGUUGGCUAUUGCAAUCUUCGCAGGAAGUCCCACGGGGGAGCACCUCGUAAUUGAAAGUGAGAAGCGUUUGGCAUGGUGGUUGGUUCUCGCCACCCUUGUAGGUAUACAAAAUGUUGGGGUGGCUAGUUCCCAUCGAUGA